CAGAAAUAAGUACAUAGAUUUGCUGUUAUAUAACAGUUUAGUGCUAUUGCACAAGGGUGUCGUUGGGCUUUACAUUUUGGCUGGGCCAAAGAGCAAAACUAAUUGUGUGGUAAUAUAUUAUGACAGAAAGUUAUCCUAUGAAAUAUCUAAAUGUAAAUGUAUUUUAGGUGGAGACUGCUGCGGAACUACCACUGCCAUCAGUGACUGGAGGCAGUAGUCUUUCACAAGAAGAGCCCAAAAUUUCUAAGUUUGUGGUUAUGUCCAGCCCGGAAUUCAUAGUUUACACAGACAGUGAACUUGAACAGGUGCGACGUGCCUACUUUGAGCAGAAACGGAUGGGGACUGAGAACAUUGUGGAGUUAUCUAAGGAGCUCUUCUGCCGGCUCAUAAGAAACACCAUGUGUAAUAUGAUCGCAAUUGCAAGAGCUACAGAAGAUGCCAGAUAUCCCACCAAACCAGAGGUCAAUGCCAUGGCAAAGCGGUUGGUGGAGUAUUAUCCGAUGGUACAACACUGGGAGUAUGUUGCCAAAAAGCUCAUGAAGAGGCUUUCAAAUGUAAAAAGCCCAAAGAAGGCUGUUCCUCCUGCAAAGAAACAACGGCAGGAAAUCGAGGAAAUGACAACGAGUGACUACGACGGGGAUUCGAGUGCUUCUACGGUCAUUCUUCAGCAGUCCCCAGUCAGAGCCAGCACCCCAGUUCAACACCUGAAUAACAGUGGUUCGGGCGACGUCCUAGACAGCCAGAAAACCCAGGCAAGGCACUACACGACACUGCAACAGAUGUGCCGGUCCAACAAGCCAAACAAAGCUUCAGUAACCCAUUUGCUGAACUUGGAGUUUGAGUCAAGAAGACUCUUCAUAACCUCUGACACUCUAAAGGAGCAAGACCGACCCAGCAAGAUUCUGGAGGCCUAUUCUUGUUUCAAAGACUUGGAUCAUGUAAGUAAAUCCCGUCGUAUCAAGUUUCUACCUUUUUGUAUAGCUUUCGAUACAGAUUUGGGGCCAUAA